GAGCCAGAGCCCGAGGAGGAACGGGAACGCCACAGGGUUCCACGAGACCACCGGGACCGUCGAGGGGAACAGGACAGAGGAGACGCCCGUUCAAGGCCCGCCCACUCAGACGACGAGGUGGAGGAGGGUGAGGAGGAGGACUAUGACAACGAUGAAGAUAACCCUGAUGCAAAACCGUGCCUGAAGCCCACGAUGCGGCCCAUCACAGCAGCACCCUCAGUGUCAUCGGCCAGUGGCAACGUGUCCCCCAACACACCCGGGGACGAAUCGCCCUGUGGCAUCAUCAUCCCCCACGAGAACUCGCCCCCAGAGGCCCUGCCACAGGAGGAACACCGGCCAAAGAUCGGCCUCAGCCUCAAACUCGGUGCCACAGGAAGCCCAAGUCAGCCCAACGUAGGUAAAAGGAAGAAGCUGCCCGUGGACAGCGUCUUCGACAAGUUCGAUGACGAGGAGGCCGACGAACAGCCCCGCAAGAGGAAACUGGUGCCGCUGGAUUACGACGAUGACAAGAGCCUCGGGGUGGACGGGGCCGGGCUCUCCAGCAUAAAGGGAGCUAAUGCCGAAGAGAAACGCAAACACAUUAAGAGCCUGAUCGAAAAGAUUCCCACGGCAAAACCUGAGCUGUUCUCCUACCCGCUGGACUGGUCGAUGGUUGAUACGACAUUAAUGGAACGACGUGUUCGGCCCUGGAUCAAUAAAAAGAUCAUUGAGUACAUCGGAGAGGAAGAGCCGACGUUAGUGGACUUUGUCUGCUCCAAGGUGAUGGCUCACAGUAUGCCACAGAGUAUCUUGGAUGAUGUUGCUAUGGUUCUUGAUGAAGAGGCUGAAGUCUUCAUUGUGAAGAUGUGGCGGUUACUCAUUUAUGAAACGGAGGCAAAAAAAAUUGGACUGGUGAAAUAAGUAAAUUAACCACUGAAUGAAGAUCAACUGUUUUUUGUUAUUUUGUUCUUUUCAUACAUAGUGUAUAAUAGUGUAGCGCGGUUAUGUCACCCCAAACUAAGCAACUUGUCCAUACCAGCACAGACUGUAACUGCAAAUUCUGCUCAUUCUCACAUUUGCACCAGUUGUUCACGUCUUGUCUAUUUUUGUCUCAGCAUACUCAGGCUGCAUUCACCUCUCCUCACUGUUUGCAGGUGCUGACUGUAUUGGUGUACUUUCGUGUAUAUACAGUACGUCAUUAUUUUACUAUGAUAAAAUAACUCUGAGAGAAAGCUGCUGACAGGCACCCAGGACUGUUGUUGUGUUACCAGAUAAUGCUUCUUGGUCCUAGACUUUUUGAUUUACAUACAUGCCAACACACAUUUUGUGGAAAAAGUCUGUCUGCAGGAUUGUGACAGGGAGCCAGUUUACUGGUCUUACAAGCUUUUCUUUAAAGUAACUAAGGUGUGAAAUCUGGCUUGGUUAAGCAGACAGACUUUACAGUAUGCAUAACUACAAUAAGGAUAUGAUUUUUUUACAGGGUUAUUUAUUCAGGGUUUUGGAUUCAGCUCCAACUUACUAACAUACUUUGCUUCAUUUUUCCUUGUCACAUUCCUGAUAAACGUGUUGGCAUGUUCCUAUCCUCAGACCUUCUCAAAAACACCUAGUUGUCAUUUGAAAUGCGUCUGACAGGACCCACAGAAUGUCUUAGGUGGUGACAUCCCAGCAGCCCCAAAAGCACACACACAUCAUGACCACUAUAGGAAAAUGAGCUAAGAACGGGAAAAAUGAUCUGAAGUUGUGAGGAUGCUGUCCAUUCGUUUUUGUAUCGGUGAACAUUUGAUUAAAAUUGAUUUUUGUAACUAACGGUAACUGCCUUUUGUUUUCCCUCAACCUUGUUUCCUUUUGCAGUUAGACAGUAGAAAUUUGGCAAAAUGUAUUACAGUUCCAAAACAGCUAGCAAUGUAAUUGAAACUACUGCAAGUGAAAAUUAAUUCUUGACCUUAGAAUCAGCACUUCACAAAUCCUUUGGUUAAUUUACCCAUUGAUCAGCGUGUAAGGUUAAGUCUACUUAACAGUCUACUCAUAACAGCAGACAAAGACGCAUUGAGAUCAAAACUUCCAGAACUUUAUUGAUGUCAUGUGAGCUAAACAAGAGCAGAUCUUGCCAGUAAAAACUCUAACUGGAAGAGAAACAGCAAAAAAUAAAGUCACCACUGACUGGUGCAAAGACAGACGAGCCUAUGCGUUUCCCCUUUAAUCAAUCACAUCCAGUGACCAGCCAGAGAUGAAGCGCCAUGGAUACUGAAGACACUGGGCUCUGAAGCAAAACGCAAGUGAAGGCCACUGCUUGUAAACAGCUUUUGUUUUUUUAGAAUUAUCAUUUAUUCAAAUCGGUGUACUUAAAAAUAGAAACUAUAUUGAUGUGUAAUUGGAAAUUUAACUCUCCAUGUGUCCAUGUCUGGAUACGAAAACAGUAUUUUGAGUGACUGUCCUCUGAGACAAACCCUGCUAAUGAACAAACCUGGAUGUUUGCCAAUGAACUAUUAACACCAGUUAAUGUUUGCAAUGUGAAAGUUAACAUCUGUUGGACCUAGUGACUGUGGCCAUGUCCGUCCACAUUUUCUCCAUUGAUGUUUUUCCCACCAGCCUUCUUCCAAUGAACAACUCUAGUCCUCUGCUUUGGCCUCCAUCUCCUCGUCGUCAUCAUCUCCGUCCA